AUGGCUCUCCUACUACCGUUCAUCCUCUGGGCAGUAGCCGCCGUUGCGCAGUCCAAUGACAGCGUCUUCGAUUUCCCAGAGUUUCCCCCAGCUGGGACACCGGACCCCAACGCGACACUAGGAAACUCGGCGGCCCCACUGCCAUACAAUGUCUACGAGGACCCGGGUCUGGCUCAGGCCCGCAUCCAUUAUGACACAGGCUCUUUCGGUCCAACGAUAGAGCUCGUGCAUGCGUACUACAACUAUUGGCCUAUCGGCGUCGGCGUAGCCAGUGAUGGGUCAGUGUUCACGACCUUCCCUCGCGGCAACGAGACGUACACCCUGGCGACCUUCACCAGCACCACAACGGAAGCGCCAUGGCCCAACCAGGAAUGGAACACACCCCCAGCAUUCGCCAACGCGAGCAACCCCGGCUACAGCAUCGUCACCGACAAGCUCCUGUUCGUCCAGUCCGUCGUCGUCGACGGGCUCGACCGCGUGUGGGCGCUCGACACGGGCCGCCCAGAGGUGAACGGCUCGUACCUCCUCGCGGCGGUCCCCGGCGGCCCGAAGCUCGUCGGGUUCUACCUCAACGGGACGAACUUCGCGACGUACACGUUCCCCGCGAGCGUCGUCUACGCUGACUCGUCUAUCAACGACGUCCGCUUCGACCUCCGUGGGGAAGGCUACGCUUACAUCACGGACAGCUCGCCGAACCGCCCGGGGCUGGUUGUAGUUAACCUGGCGACUGGGCAGUCGUGGAGGCACCUUGAUGGACACCAGUCUGUGACACCUGAUAACGGCUUUGUGCCCGUAUACGAUGGAGUGCCGUUCUACCUAUACCCUGUGACGGCGCCUUACGCGGUCAAUAACUUCGGCCUGUAUGCUGUCGACGGCAUCGCCCUCUCUCCUGACGGUCAAUAUCUUUACUUCGCUCCCCUGGCCAGCCGACAAUUCUGGCGCAUCCCGACGUCGUAUCUCAAGGUCGAGCCGGGACCGGACCACCCCGCUGCGUACUUGCUCGCCAAGCAGGCUGUGGAGCACCUCGGCGAGAGCGGGAGCAACGCGGACGGGAUGGAGACGGACAGCUCGGGGUAUAUUUACGCUGGCGCGCCCGAACAUAACGCGGUGACGAGGUACAACCCGGCGACGGGCAUCGUCGAGCCUUUCAUCCGCGACCCGGCCAUUCAGUGGCCCGAUACCUUGUCCGUUGCAACCUUACAGAGCGGCGGUAGCUACGUGUACUUCACCAGUAACCAGCUCUGGCUCGGACCCAACUACCAGAACGGGACCGACCUGCGCACGCGGCCCUGGGCGAUGUUCAGGGCCCCCAUCGAAGCGCAGAAGGCCACGCAAUUGGCCUGA